CCUUCAACCGACAAAACACACAGAUAACUACUAUGGUCAGCACAAUCCACUUUAUAACAAGAUGUACACACGGAUUGCACCCUACAUUGUCGGCAUGCUGCUCGGCUAUAUUUUACACAGGACAGACUGCAAAGUGAAACUGUCCAAGGUUAAAUUGUUGCUAGGGUGGUCAUUUGCCAUAGCAACCGGGUUAUCGGUGGUUUAUGGUCUCUAUUAUUACUUUCGCCAUGGCUACAACGCGUCCUUGGAAACAAGUGUGAUUUACCUGGCCUUUAGUCGCUUUGCCUGGAGCCUCGCUGUGGCCUGGGUCAUAUUUGCCUGCUCUACUGGAUACGGAGGGAUCAUCAACAGUCUGCUGUCGUGGAAGGUUUGGGCCCCAUUGGGACGGCUCACAUACUGUGCCUACAUGAUUCACCCGAUGUUGUUGUAUAUCUUCUUCGGUCAAUCCUUCACUUAUUUCAUCUCGGAUAUUAAUAUGAUCUGUUUUUUCCUGGGUUUGCUGGUGCUUUCUUACAGUUUUGCUUUUGUUUUAUCUAUUACUGUAGAGGCUCCAAUGAUCGCUCUGGAGAAAAUCUUUAUCCCCCACUAACAGACAAAUCUGGAAAAAACCUCAAAAUCUACAGAGGCGAAAAUUAGUGUUACCUUGUCUUAAAACAUAUUUUAUAUCCACUGUCGUUACUAAGACUUACAAUCCACUGUCGUAACUAAGACUUACAAUCCACUGUCGUAACCAUGACUUACAAUCAAGUGUCGUAACUAUGACUUACGAUCCAAUGUCGUAACUAAGACUUACAAUCCACUGACGUAAUUAUGACUUACAAUCCACUGUCGUAACUAGGACUUACAAUCCACUGUCGUAACUAUGACUUACAAUCCACUGUCGUUACUAAGACUUACAAUCCACUGUCGUAACUAGGACGUGCAAUCCAGUGUCGUAACUAGGACGUACAAUCCACUGUCGUAACUAUGACUUACAAUCAAGUGUCGUAACUAUGACUUACAAUCCACUGUCGUAACCAUGACUUACAAUCCACUGUCGUAACUAUGACUUACAAUCCACUGUCGUAACUAAGACUUACAAUCCACUGUCGUAACCAUGACUUACAAUCAAGUGUCGUAACUAUGACUUACGAUCCAAUGUCGUAACUAAGACUUACAAUCCACUGACGUAAUUAUGACUUACAAUCCACUGUCGUAACUAGGACUUACAAUCCACUGUCGUAACUAUGACUUACAAUCCACUGUCGUUACUAAGACUUACAAUCCACUGUCGUAACUAGGACGUACAAUCCAGUGUCGUAACUAGGACGUACAAUCCACUGUCGUAACUAUGACUUACAAUCAAGUGUCGUAACUAUGACUUACAAUCCACUGUCGUAACCAUGACUUACAAUCCACUGUCGUAACUAUGACUUACAAUCCACUGUCGUAACUAUGACUUACAAUCCACUGUCGUAACUAUGACUUAUAAUCCACUGUCGUAGCUAUGACUGUUAACUCACUGUCGUAACUAUGACUUACAAUCCACUGUCGUAACUAUGACUUACAAUCCACUGUCGUAACUAUGACUUACAAUCCAAUGUCGUAACCAUGACUUACAAUCCACUGUCGUUACUAAGACUUACAAUCCAAUGUCGUAACUAUGACUUACAAUCCACUGUCGUAACUAUGACUUACAAUCCACUGUCGUAACUAGGACUUACAAUCCACUGUCGUAACUAUGACGUACAAUCCACUGUCGUAACUAUGACGUACAAUCCACUGUCGUAACCAUGACUUACAAUCCACUGUCGUUACUAAGAUUUACAAUCCACUGUCGUAACUAUGACUUACAAUCCACUGUCGUAACUAUGACUGUUAACUCACUGUCGUAACUAUGACUUACAAUCCACUGUCGUAACUAUGACUUACAAUCCACUGUCGUAACUAUGACUUACAAUCCACUGUCGUAACUAUGACGUACAAUCCACUGUCGUAACCAUGACUUACAAUCCACUGUCGUUACUAAGAUUUACAAUCCACUGUCGUAACUAUGACUUACAAUCCACUGUCGUAACUAGGACUUACAAUCAAGUGUCGUAACUAUGACUUACAAUCCACUGUCGUAACCAUGACUUACAAUCCACUGUCGUAACCAUGACUUACAAUCCACUGUCGUAACUAUGACUUACAAUCCACUGUCGUAACUAUGACUUACAAUCCACUGUCGUAACUAUUACUUACAAUCCACUGUCGUAACUAUGACUUACAAUCCACUGUCGUAACUAUGACUUACAAUCCACUGUCGUUACUAAGACUUACAAUCCACUGUCGUAAUUAUGACUUACAAUCCACUGUCGUAACUAUAACGUACAAUCCACUGUCGUAACUAUGACUUACAAUCCACUGUCGUAACUAUGACGUACAAUCCACUGUCGUAACUAGGACUUACAAUCAAGUGUCGUAACUAUGACUUACAAUCCACUGUCGUAACCAUGACUUACAAUCCACUGUUGUAACCAUGACUUACAAUCCACUGUCGUAACUAUGACUUACAAUCCACUGUCGUAACUAUGACUUACAAUCCACUGUCGUAACUAUUACUUACAAUCCACUGUCGUAACUAUGACUUACAAUCCACUGUCGUAACUAUGACUUACAAUCCACUGUCGUUACUAAGACUUACAAUCCACUGUCGUAAUUAUGACUUACAAUCCACUGUCGUAACUAUAACGUACAAUCCACUGUCGUAACUAUGACGUACAAUCCACUGUCGUAACUAUGACUUACAAUCCAAUGUCGUAAUUAUGACUUACAAUCCACUGUCGUAACUAUAACGUACAAUCCACUGUCGUAACUAUGACGUACAAUCCACUGUCGUUACUAAGACUUACAAUCCACUGUCGUAAUUAUGACUUACAAUCCACUGUCGUAACUAUAACGUACAAUCCACUGUCGUAACUAUGACGUACAAUCCACUGUCGUAACUAUGACGUACAAUCCACAGUCGUUACUAAGACUUACAAUCCACUGUCGUAAUUAUGACUUACAAUCCACUGUCGUAACUAUGAUGUACAAUCCACUGUCGUAACUAUGACAUACAAUCCACUGUCGUUACUAAGACUUACAAUCCACUGUCGUAAUUAUGACUUACAAUCCACUGUCGUAACUAUAACGUACAAUCCACUGUCGUAACUAUGACGUACAAUCCACUGUCGUAACUAUGACGUACAAUCCACAGUCGUUACUAAGACUUACAAUCCACUGUCGUAAUUAUGACUUACAAUCCACUGUCGUAACUAUGAUGUACAAUCCACUGUCGUAACUAUGACGUACAAUCCACUGUUGUAACUAUGACGUACAAUCCACUGUCGUAACUAUGACGUACAAUCCACUGUCGUAACUAUGACUUACAAUCCACUGUCGUAACUAUGACGUACAAUCCACUGUCGUAAUUAUGAAUAAGUAUUUGUUUUGAUAAAAGCUGACAAAGCAGCUUAACAUCACUCAUAUUGUUGUAUACUAUGUACUUAUCUAAUAUACUUGACCUUAUGAGAGAUGAGUCUUUGAUUCAAUAAGCGAUCAAGUUUAAAUCAAAACAUUUAUUAUUAUUAUGAUAAAUAAUGUAAUAUACAUACCAGAUAUCGGCUGUUUUGUUUUCUAUGAUACAUAAUCAAUAUUAAGCACCAGAAUGAUUUAAGAUACGAUUUAAAAUCAGUCGUUCAAUUUAUUAAGAAACAUAAUUCAAAUAAUGUUUAAGAAAUGCUUUUGUCCAGUGACCUUAGUCUCUCCUAAGCUAAUUGUAUGAUAAUUGUGUUGCAUUUUACAAUGUAUAUAAUGCUACACUAUGUUGAAAUAUGAUGCAUAAUACUUUACAAUCUUUAUAAUGUAGAUACAAUCUUUACCCACGAAUGACUUUUCGUCAUUUCAGUAGCUUAGACAUUUUUUAGGGUCUGGGCUUCUGUGAUAGUAUAUAAUCGUAUACAGUCAAUCUUGGCGUUUUGACUCCUUACUUCCCGUUUCGUCUCCUUACUUCCCGUUUUGUCUUCUUACUUCACGUUUUGUCUUCUUAUUUCACUUUUUGUCUCCUUACUUCACGUUUUGUCUGCUUACUUCCCGUUUUGACUCCUUACUUCACGUUUUGGCUGCUUACUUCCCGUUUUGACUUAUUACUUCACGUUUUGUCUGCUUACUUCCCGUUUUGACCUAUUACUUCCCGUUUUGACUCCUUACUUCCCGUUUUGUCUGCUUAUUUCACGUUUUGACUCCUUACUUCCCGUUUUGUCUGCUUAUUUCACGUUUUGACUCCUUACUUCCCGUUUUGUCUGCUUACUUCCCGUUUUGACCUAUUACUUCCCGUUUUGACUCCUUACUUCACGUUUUGUCUGCUUAUUUCACGUUUUGACUCCUUACUUCCCGUUUUGUCUGCUUACUUCCCGUUUUGAUUCCUUACUUCACGUUUUGAUUCCUUACUUCACGUUUUUUCUGCUUAUUUCACGUUUUGACUCCUUACUUCCCGUUUUGUCUGCUUACUUCACGUUUUGAUUCCUUACUUCACGUUUUGAUUCCUUACUUCACGUUUUGAUUCCUUACUUCACGUUUUGACUCCUUACUUCCCGUUUUGUCUGCUUACUUCACGUUUUGAUUCCUUACUUCACGUUUUGAUUCCUUACUUCCCGUUUUGACUCCUUACUUCACGUUUUGAUUCCUUACUUCACCUUUUGUCGCCUUCCUUCACGUUUUGUCUCAUUACUUCAUGUUUUGUUUCCUUAAUUCCUAUAGUUAAAUUGUUUUAGCUUUCGUAUUUUCUGCUGUUGUUUCAAUUACUUUGACCUUCUUUUAAGAUUAGCGAUGCCACUGUAUGAACUUAAAAAUAUCUAUUCCUUAUAGAUCUGUAGGAACUUAUAAAUAAAUGUACCUUACAGAUCUGUAUAAACUUAUAAAUAUAUGUGCCUUAUAUAUCUGUACGAACUUAUAAAUAAAUGUACCUUAUAGAUGUGUAUGAACUUAUAAAUAAAUGUACCUUACAGAUCUGUAUAAACUUAUAAAUAUAUGUGCCUUAUAUAUCUGUUUGAACGUAUAAAUAAAUGUACCUUACAGGCCUGUAAACUAUUGUAGUCAUUGUCAGUUUGAAUGUAAAAUGUAAAUUUAUGAAUUACAUAUGAAUGAUAUUCCAUUGACAGUCACAAUGACGUACUUAUAUUUUUUGUCUUUAUGCUGGUUAUUCAACAAGACAGUCAUGCAUUUUUAAAAUUACAAAUUAAGUAGAACAGAAUGAUGACUGUAUUGCCAAGUUGGUAUUAAAUGUGAUGAAAUAUAUAUCUAAGACAGUAACUGAUUUAUAUUGUAUAUUUGUAUAGCUAUAUAAAUAUAGUUUCGGUGUUUAACUGUAAUCCCUGUAAUACAAUCAAAACAAUGGCAUUUUUAAAGAAUAGCUUGCUGAGAAUAUGUAAAUUUCUGCUUUACAUAAAAAAUGUUGCAUUUAAUAUAUGUAUGAAUAAAAACAUAUUUUUUUGUAAAA